UUCCCACCAUGCAGCGGGUGAUGUCCGAGGAAAGAUGGCGGAAGGAGGAGCGGCUGAUCUGGAUACCCAGAGAGGAGAGGUCGCGGCGCUGUUGAAAACACAGCUACGGAAGGGAGACACUUGGUACCUUGUGGACAGUCACUGGUUCAAACAGUGGAAGAAAUAUGUGGGAUUUGACAGCUGGGACAAAUACCAGAUGGGUGACCAGAAUGUGUACCCAGGACCAGUGGAUAACUCCGGUCUCCUCAGAGAUGGGGAUGUGCUCGCCAUCAAGGAGCACCUCAUCGAUGAGCUCGACUACAUCUUGGUCCCAACGGAGGGCUGGAAUAAGCUCGUCAGCUGGUAUGGGUUGACAGAAGGUCAGGAGCCAAUUGCCCGCAAGGUGGUGGAACAGGGUAUGUUUGUGAAGCAUUGCAAGGUGGAGGUGUACCUGACGGAGCUGAAGCUCUGCGAAGACAGCAACAUGGACAAUGUGAUCACCAGACGCUUCAGUAAAGCUGACACAAUAGACAUGAUAGAGAAGGAGAUGCGGAAGCUGUUCACCAUCCCCGAUGAGAAGGAGACCCGGCUGUGGAACAGGUACAUGAGCAACACCUUUGAGCCUCUCAACAAACCCGACAGCACCAUUCAAGACGCCGGCCUCUACCAAGGACAGGUUCUCGUAAUAGAGCAGAAGAAUGAGGAUGGCACAUGGCCCCGAGGCUCCACGGCACCCAAGUGA